AUGCCGCAGCAGCAGGAGAGUAAGGGAGAGGCGCCGGUGCCGGCGAAGGGGCGGGUGACGGUGAAGGUGGGGGAGGAGCAGCAGCGGUUCGAGGUUCCGGUGGAGCACCUCAGCCACCCGCUGUUCGCGGAGCUCCUGGCGGAGGCCGCGGAAGAGUACGGGUUCAGCCAGCCGGGAGUCAUCGCCAUCCCCUGCGCCGUCGACCGCUUCCGCCAAGUCGAGGAGAUGAUCGAACGUGGCCACUGCGGCGGCCACCGCGACCAUGCUCCCUUCGAUUGACAUAUGACAGAAAAGGAGCUGUUGUUUAAUCAUGUUCUUAAAUUUGUAUAUAUAUUCACUGCUGAAUAUAUUUGGAGGAAAAGAUU